UUUCCCUUUUUGAAACCCUAACCCUCUUUUUACUGUUUAAAUCCCUAAUCCCCAUGCUUCUCCUUUAGAUUUCGUCAGGUUCAUAUCCUCAUAAUAGUUGGAGGUCAGGGAAUUGAAUGGAAUCAUAUCGGAUUUGUAUGUAGUUGGUUAUCUGAUUCUGGUUCAAACCAAGGGAUGUUCCUGAACAGCUCAAGGUCGAGAUCCGAACAAUCUUUGGCUCGGUGGGCAACAUCUCAGCUCCAUGAUAUUGAUGCAUUAGAUAAGAUGGUUGACGCGUCACUCAAAGGACACUACCCUCCUAAAUCCGUCUCACGAUUCGCCGACGUGGUUUCUCUCCGUGUUCAGUCUGAGCCAGAGUCUCGACCACCAAUGUCAGAGGUUGUACAUGCACUAGUACGACUAGUGCAACGAGCUAACAUGAGCAAAAGAAAUAUCGGAGAAGAUCGGCGAUCAGAAGACCCAGAUGUGAAGGAUGACAUGUACUAGAGAAUUGCCUUUUGCAAUAUUCUUUUUUAUAGGAUUUGAAUUUUUUUGUUGAUACUCAUUUUCAUUUUUUUUGAAUUUAUACAAAGGGGGAGGGGGAGUGUUCAUCUACUGGAGAGAUAUUGUGUUGUAUCAUUUGUUUUCUGUUUUACUUUCUUCGACAAAAGCGAAAA